AUGGAUGACAAGCGCAAACAACAAUCAAUUAACAACUUGGAGACGGACAACGGCCGCAAAAGAUUCGCUAAAGAUUCACUGUUGCCACCAAAACAACAGAACGAAAGCUAUCAACUCUUAGUCAAGUUGCUUCAAGAAGCGUAUCAUCUCGAGCAUUGCCUAUUAAACUCGUAUUUGUACACAGCAUGUUCGAUCAAAAGUACACCUGGUGAAUUCGAAAAGAUCGAGUGCAUUCAACGUUUUGUUUUGUAUGAAUCCACAGAUGCUCUACAUGAUCAAGAUCCAUUCGGACCAAAAAUUAUGGCUUUAUUUAAACAGUUAUUCGACUUCGAAGUGAAUUUGAACAUUGAAUCAACACUACUGAACGUCGACGAUCGACAAGUGCGAGCAAAAUUAUUCGCGCCACUUCCAAUACCUGCGAAACCGUUAACCAAAGUUGCAUUAGGUGCAUUACCACCAGUAGAAGAGCUACAUUUUGCCUCGAUUGCUGAUUUUUAUCUGCAAGGUUUCCCGCCCGUUGGUCCCAUCUAUAGAAGUAAAAACUUUGAUGUAUUACAUACUCAAAACGUUCACAGUUAUUAUCGAAAUGUCAAAAAUAUCGAUAGUAUCAUUGCUGAAAUUGUUGAUGAAGGAGAAGGAUUUAAGAAUUUCGAAGAACGUGCUGAAUUCUUAUUGGAUAAGGUAAAACAUAUUGGUACACGCGAAUAUUUACGUUGCUACAUGGAAGAGAAAACGUCGAAAAGAGAUUCUCCAACAAAAUACCAAUGGCUAGCUGAUUGCGAACAAUUUCGUCAGUCUCAUCUGUAUCGUUUUGCCAUGAUAAUGAUGGGUAUGGAACAAGAAAUGGAUUUAGCAAACGCUGUCAAUGUCAAAUUCGAUUCUUAUAGACAGCCGAUAAAAAUCUAUCAUAAUGUUACUUUGAAAGAUCUUACUGCUCAAAUACCUUACUAG